GCGCGAAAAACAGGCCAGAAACGGCGGUUGGGUUUUUCUUUCUAAAUGCGGGUUAGCGUCGCUUCUGAGGCGAUGCGAGGAGGGGGGAGUUCCCAGAAUCCUUCGCAGUCUUGUUUUGCAUUCUGUUUUUCUUUAUAUGCCAAAUUUAAUUAUCCUUCACACAACAUAAGGCUUAGUUUUGCUUCUUUUAUCCUCAGGAGAGCUCAGGGCUUGGCACCACAGCAUUGAGAUAUACAAAUGGUGUCACAGAGACCUAUUGCACUUUUAAGUGGUAACCUUGCCCUCCAUCGAAGCAGUCAAAAUGGCGGAAGCUGCAGCAGCAGCAGCACUGGCCCCGGCGACAUCUGUGGAAGUGCGGCUCCCGGUUCCCCGCCCUCGCCUGUCUCAGAGCUUCUCCCGCGGGGCGGGCGAGUGGGACAAGGACCUGGUGGCCCCGGGGGACACCAUCACCACCAACCCAGGAUACAUGAGAGGCCACGGGACAUACCUGGGAGACGAGAAGCUCGUUGCCUCUGUGGCUGGUGUUGUGGACAGGGUGAACAAGCUGGUCUGUGUGAAAGCUUUGAAAACGAGAUACAAUGGUGAAGUUGGUGAUAUUGUGGUUGGACGAAUUACAGAGGUUCAGCAGAAACGGUGGAAAGUCGAGACCAAUUCCAGGCUGGAUUCUGUCUUGCUCCUUUCAUCCAUCAAUCUCCCAGGAGGGGAGCUGAGGCGGCGUUCAGCAGAGGAUGAACUGGCAAUGCGAGAUUACCUGCAGGAAGGGGACCUUAUCAGUGCAGAAGUCCAGACGGUGUUCUCUGAUGGGGCUAUAUCGCUGCACACACGGAGUCUGAAAUACGGAAAGCUUGGCCAAGGUGUGCUCGUCCAGGUGUCCCCUUCCCUCGUGAAGCGGCAGAAGACCCAUUUCCAUGACUUGACUUGUGGGGCUUCCGUUAUCCUUGGCAACAAUGGGUUCAUCUGGACCUACCCAACGCCCAAACAGAAGAAUGAGGAGCCUGGGGGAUUCAUCACCAACCUGGAGCCGGUGCCCUUGCCUGACCGUGAAGUGAUUUCCCGACUCCAGAACUGCGUUGUGGCUCUGGCAGCGCAGAAACAGAUGCUCUAUGACACCAGCAUCCUCUACUGCUAUGAGGCCUCCCUUUCUCAUAAGAUCAAGGACCUUCUCAAGCCAGAGGUGAUGGACAAGAUUGUGCUGGAGACGCGUCAGAGACUGCUGGAACUGGAGGGGUGAUUGGAGAGAGAAUGUGGCGAGGCAGUGAUGGUCCUUUCCUUUCAGGGAUCUAGCCUCCCUGAUGUUUUUUCCCCCCAGUGUGAGAUUUCAUUACAAAUCCCAUACCAAAUAGAAAAAGGGGGACUGUGGAAACUAUGAGAACUUUUGCUUAAGAAUCUUGGUAUCCUUUGUUAUCCUGUGGCCCUCCCAAUGAGGCUGGACUACAGUUCCCACACACACCCCAACCACCAGCUGUACUGCCUGCAGGGGCUGGAUACAUUGGGCUCCAGCAGGAUAGGAGGCCAACAGCUUCUCAAUAGCUACUGCUUCCUCAGCCCCUGACCUAGUCGAAAUGCAGCAUCACAUUUCUCUACAUCAGGUAUCCUCAAACUUCGGCCCUCCAGAUAUUUUGGACUACAAUUCCCAUCAUCCCUGACUACUGGUCCUCUUAGCUAGGGAUCAUGGGAGUUGUAGGCCAAAACAUCUGGAGGGCUGCAGUUUGGGGAUGCCUGCUCUACAUGUAGCCAGCAUCGUAAAAAGUACCUGUGAUACUGUGGAUGCUUCAAGCUAUGUGUGUGUGCAGGGGGGUGGGGUGUUCUUUCUUUUUUACUGGAGAUAUUUCAAUAAACUUUAGUUGUUGUUUUUUUAAAAAAAACUUGCACUC